AUGGCCAAAUCUUUUGCUUGCUUCCUUCUCUUUGCCCUCAUUGCCGGUUGUGCUCUCGGCCAAGCUCCCAGCUCCGCUCCAACCAUGUCACCGCCGUCUUCUUCUCCGAAACCAGCUCCCAAGAUCUCUCCGACCACCGCUCCCACCGUUUCUCCAACAGCUUCUCCGCCUUCAACCGCCACUCCUCCAUCUUCAGCCCCUGAAUCUUCUCCAACUUCCUCUCCUCCUGCUCCUCCCACCUCUCCCACUGGUUCUCCCGGCGCUACUUCUCCUACAACCUCCAUAAGUCAGCCUCCGGCUUCGUCUCCAACUGCGCCAAGUGCCGCGGCCCUGAAAACAGUCACUGUCGCCGGGUCUGCAUUCGCAGUCGUUUUAGCAGCCGCCGCUUUGUUGAUCUAG